CUCUCCAGAGCCGCUGGUGCUGCUGGCGACAAGAUGGGAAAACCAGAUAGUCUUCAACUGAGUGAUUAACGUUACUGAGUUUUCCCUGCCGGCCUUUUCGACCGACAAAAGGAUUCACUAUCAACAGCGAUUUGAGCUCCACCAGACGACGGCAGAGAUUGGUGUGUAAGUUGUGACUCCAGGUUGCUCCUGUUGGAAGAGGAAAGUCUGGCAGAAGAUUGUCGGUCACUCCCUGCGGCUCCAGUUGAAGCGGGAUCACCACCACGAAUUCACACAGUAACCAAUCUAUCAACGAUACAAAGGUACUUGGGAGUUUUACUGCUGCCACCCUUCACCUACGUAGCAGAAGAUGUACGGUAGUGCCCGCUCGGUUGGCAGAGGGGAUGCCAACCAUAGUGGCGGCAGAGAUGGAAGUGGUCCCGGCAAUCAGGGUUCCGGCCGUUCCCCUCGCCUACCCCGUUCUCCUCGAAUGGGACACCGCCGCACCAACAGCACCGGAGGCAGUGGAGGCGGUCCGGGAGGAGCAGGAGGCAAAACUCUCUCCAUGGAGAACAUCCAGUCCCUCAACGCGGCGUAUGCCACCUCAGGACCAAUGUACCUGAGCGACAACGAGGUGGCCAUGGCCGACUACGUUCCCAAAAGUGGUGGGACGAUGACGACCAUGGGGAGACAGCGGGUGACGUACGGCUCAAGGGCCACCAACAGUGCAGUUGUGGCCGCCAGCACGCCCAACAUCUCCACCUCAGUGCCUGGCAAUGCUGCGCUGUCAGCCGGCAUUCUGGCGGGCGAUGCUCUAGCUUUUGGGGACCACCACAUGUCCUCCACUGUGCCUCACUCUCUAAGGCAGGCCAGAGAUAACACCAUACUGGACCUGCAGACUCAACUCAAAGAGAUUCUGCGUGAGAAUGAGAUGCUGCGGCGAGAGGUGGAAGUUAAGGAGAGCAAGCUCAGCUCUUCCAUGAAUUCCAUCAAGACCUUCUGGAGCCCAGAAUUAAAAAAGGAGCGAGCUCUCAGGAAAGACGAGGUUUCUAAAAUCACCGUCUGGAAGGAGCAAUACCGUGUGAUUCAAGAUGAGGCACAGCAUCUCCAGAUGACCGUUCAGGCUCUUCAGGAUGAGAUGAGGAUCCAGAGGGACCUGAACCAGCUGCUCCAGCAAGACCCCGCCAUCCAGGGGCGGGACCUGGUCCUCACAUCUGAACCCACAGAGGAGAACUACCGGCGGCUACAUGCGGAGCACGAGAGGCAGGCCAAAGAGCUCUUCCUCCUUAGAAAGACCUUAGAGGAGAUGGAGCUACGGAUCGACACGCAGAAGCAAACCCUGGGAGCCAGAGACGAGUCCAUCAAGAAACUUUUGGAGAUGCUGCAGAGCAAAGGGCAAUCUGCCAAGGCAUCAGAGGAGGACCAGGAGCGGACCAGGAGACUGGCUGAUGCAGAGAUGCACAGGCAUCACCUUGAGAGUUUACUGGACCAGAGAGACCGAGAGGUCAACGCACUGAGAGAGGAGCUGCACCGUCGAUACGAGGGAACCCCCGAGUCCACAAAAACUAAGGCUCUGCAGACUGUCAUCGACAUGAAGGAUGCAAAAAUCAAUUCGAUGGAGCGAGGACUGAGAGACAUGGAAGAGGAGCUGCUGAUGAUGAAAUCCAAUGGACUUCUGAGCUGUGAGGAGCGGCAGGAGGAGAUGAAGCAGAUGGAGGUCUACCGCAGCCACAUGAAAUUCAUGAAGAACAAGCUGGAGCAGGUGAAGCAGGACCUGUCCAGGAAGGACACCGAGCUGCUUGGUUUGCAGACCAAGCUAGAGACUCUCACCAACCAGUUCUCAGACAGUAAGCAGCACAUCGAGGUCCUCAAGGAGUCCCUCACUGCCAAGGAGCAGCGAGCCGCCAUCCUACAGACUGAGGUGGAUGCCUUGCGCUUGCGCUUGGAGGAGAAGGAGUCGACUCUGAAUAAGAAGAGCAAGCAGAUUCAAGAAGUCUCCGAAGAGAAGGGCACACUCAACGGGGAGAUCCACGACCUCAAAGACAUGCUGGAGGUCAAGGAGCGCAAAGUCAACGUGCUGCAGAAAAAGAUCGAGAACCUGCAGGAGCAGCUGAGGGACAAGGAGAAGCAGAUGAGCAGCCUGAAAGAGAGAGUGAAGUCUUUGCAGGCAGACACCUCAAACACUGACACUGCCCUCACCACACUAGAGGAGUCUCUAGCAGAAAAGGAGCGCAUUAUUGAGCGUCUAAAAGAGCAGCGAGACCGAGACGACCGGGAGAAGACGGAGGAGAUUGACAGUAACAAAAAGGAACUGAAAGAGUUGAAGGAGAAACUGAGCCUCCUGCAGGGGGACCUGUCAGACAGAGAGACGUCUUUGUUGGACCUGAAGGAGCACGCAUCAUCCCUGGCAUCCUCCGGUCUGAAGAAGGACUCCAAACUCAAGAGCAUGGAGAUCGCCUUUGAACAGAAAAGGGAGGAGUGCCUCAAAGUGGAGAAUCAGCUUAAGAGGGCUCAAAACGCAGCCCUGGAAGCUCAGGCCAACACAGAGCUGCCAGAGCGCAUUAAGAACCUCCAACAGGAAGUCGCCCGCCACAAAGAGGAUUCUGGGAAGGCGCAGGCUGAGGUGGACCGCCUGCUGGAGAUCCUUCGGGAAAUGGAGAAUGAGAAGAAUGACAAGGACAAAAAAAUCAAUGAGCUGGAGAGUUUGUCCUGCAGGCAGACCAAGGACCAGUCAAAGAAGGUGGCGUCUCUGAAGCACAAGGAGCAGGACACUCUACGUCAGAAGUCUGAGCGCAUAGAGGAGCUGGAGGAGGCCCUGCGAGAGAGCGUUCAGAUCACUGCGGAGCGAGAGAUGGUGCUGGCACAGGAGGAGGCUGCCAGGUCACUCCAGGAGAAACAGAUGGAGGAGCUGCUGGGGGCCAUGGAGAAAGUGAAGCAGGAGCUGGAGUCCAUGCGGGCCAAGCUGUCCUCCACCCAGCAGUCUCUUUGUGAGAAAGAGGCACACCUGUCAACGCUGCGAGCGGAGCGCAGGAAACACCUGGAGGAGGUGCUGGAGAUGAAGCAGGAGGCGCUGCUGGCCGCAAUCAGCGAGAAGGACGCUAACAUCGCCCUGCUGGAGUUGUCCUCUUCUAAGAAGAAGAAGACCCAGGAUGAGGUGUCUCUGCUGAAAAGGGAGAAGGACAGAUUGGUGCAGCAGCUCAAGCAGCAGACUCAGAACAGAAUGAAACUGAUGGCAGAUAACUACGAGGAUGACCAUCUGAAGACCGCUCCUGACCAGUCAAAUCACAAGCCCUCUCCUGAUCAGAUGAUACCCCCUCUUCUGGCCCUGUCCCAGAACCGCAGUAAACUCAAGCUCUACAUCGCCCACCUGACCGACCUCUGCCACGACCGCGACCCCGCCAUCCUCAGCACGCUCACGCCGCCCUCUCACUACCACCACAGCGACCCCGAAGACUGGGAGGAGGAGCUCCAGAAGAUGAGCGUCCAACAGUUGGAGAGCGAGCUGGAGGUGUGUGAGAAGGAGAGCGGCGAGCUGCAGGAGUACGCCAACUCUGUCCUGCAACAGAUCGCUGAUUACUGCCCCGAUAUCCUGGAGCAGGUUGUCAACGCCUUAGAGGAGUCAUGCUGACCGCGCCGACCUCGGACACAAACCGGCCGAGUCCUGCUCUCCAUACGAUCCUCAACAAGGCGUCUGGCAGGAGGAGAGUAAACACGAGAGAUGUAUAACCCCGCCCAGCUUUGCGUCUUCGCUCCCCUCUUCUUCCCCGGAACAGGCUUUUACAACCAACUCUUAUGUGCUUUCCUGUCAAGUGUGACUUUGUAAAAAUUCGAAUUGGGGACGGUCACUAAGGGUGUAGAAAUAUUGUCAAGUAGGGCACUUUAGAGUGGAUUUCAGAUUAUACCAGGCAAAAGCUGUGGCAGAUGGUGGCGUAAAAGUACGCACUUGAUCACAUUACUCAUUAUCAGCUCACUAGCAAGCACUCACAAAAUUCCGUUAUUAUUUUUGGCUUGACGUAAACUUGGAGAGAUCUCAGUCUGUCUGGGAUUGGGUGGGUUGGGAGACAAAGGAUACGAGAUGAAAGAAGCAAACUUCCGCACAAAGUCUUUUGAGCCUACUGCCAUCCUUCGUCUCAGACGUCUUCAUUCACAGCAGGAACUGCUCGAUCAAGCACAGAUACCUCACACACAGCGAUCUCAGUGUUUUACCCCUUAGAUUACUCUUGCAUACCUUUUUUAAUAGAAGAAUAGGGGUAAAUGUAUUCCUCACAUGGGGCAGGAAAGCACUUUUUGACUGGGGAGCUGCUACAUCUAGAAGGGGGGCCGAGAGGUGCUCAGUUCAGUGGGUAAAUAAUGCAGCCGUGUUGAUGCUUAUUUUGUAUUGUAGUCCGUGGUCCCCUAACUGGAAGGUUGUACUCUAGUUGGAGACACAAACCCCGGUGGACGGACCUCCGAGCACUGAAGUGCUACAUUUUAACCAAAUAUGAACUAAGCUUGCUCUCCAAGUUUCUAUGGAUCUGUCAUUGUAGCGAGGACCAAGAUGUAGGUACGUGUUACUGCGUAGUCUGUGGCUGGGCCACUGGCACGAGAGAGAGAGGGGGGGAGGGUGGGGGGGGGGAAAUCUAGGCCUGACCUUUUGACACUGGUCAAAUGUCAGCUUUUAAGUUACACAAUGUACUCAAAUACAAAUAUGAGAGCGAGGAAAGGAAGUUAUUCUGAGACUCAUUUACUUUUAGAUAGUUUUGCACACAACGUCCACUUGUUUAUGAGGUAUGCAAUGUUUCUUUUGAGAACGUUCUAGUGGCCUUGGAGCAUGAACAGAGAUCAGUACUGGGCCUAAUGCAGGGAUCUUCUUUUUUUUUUUUUCUCCUCUGUUAUGUUGGUGCUAAGGCAUGAUGUAAGAUCCACUGAUCAUUCAGUCUCAUCCAAAGUUUCUGUAGAUGCUUCUCGAAGCCCACCUGAUCUUCAGUUGGUCGAUUGGAUCACUGAAGAACACAAGCGAUGCUUCUUGUAUUUCCUGAUGACUUACAAAUGCAAGUGAUGCCUCCCUUUAUUUUAUUUUUUGAAUCUUCAGGGCUGAGGUUAUUAAUUACUAAAUGCGUCUACAUUUACAGGAAACAAAAGUCACUUUUCAGCAGAUUUAGACUUUUUAGAUCAGUUUGUAAAUAACGUGAUAUUUAACACGUAUAGUGACUGAAUAAAGUUAUUAAGUGAAAGGUGUUGUGCAUUAUUUGAAAAGAAUAUCUAAAGUUUAAAGCAGUGCAGUUUUGUCAAAUUUUGUCGGCAGGACAAAGUGUGUGAGUGUGUGUGUGUGUGACAGUACUGCCAUAACUCGAGCAAAGUCAUGUUCUAUAGAGCUCUAUAUAAAUACAUAUAUAAAAUGUUUACUGUAUGGAUAUGCAUUGAAUGUUUGCACAGAAUCUUAAAGAGCAAAAUGACCGUUGAGUUGGUGUCUUCAGUAGAAACUGAGGAAAGUGUCAAAAAAAUAUUUCGUGUCAAAAAUAGUGUGUGCACCAUAAUGUUUUCGAACCGUGACUGUGUGCUGGGGGAGUAACUUCCUUGCAUUUCUUUCUAAUCAGCGUUUUAAAUUUAUUAUCCUGAGAUUCCAGUGUUUUUAUUCCUACCGUUUUUUUGGUUGAUGUCAAAGGCAGAUUGUGCCUGAUGGGUAGAAAAAAUAAAGUCAACAAUCCUAGACCUCCUGCUUUUGUAAGGGGAAUAUUAUGAGGGAAAAAAGCCUCAUCUGUAGGUCUGACUCACUUCCUGUUUGUGGUUGGUGGAUAUGUGAUUUUUUUUUUUUUUUUUUUACUGAAAAUAAAACCCCCUGAUGGUUUCGGAUGACGUCCGUUGGAUGCUUGUAGUUUGUCGGUCAAACUCUUUCAGCAGUAGCUAAUUCCCUCAUUUCAACCUCGCCGCUCUUCACCUCUGGAUUCAAAUAAGCUUUCUCUAGUGUUUAAUUCCCUCUACGUUGGCCUGUGUGUCCCUGACCUUGCCUUAAUGUAUCGUCAUGUCGUCUUCUCCUCAUUGAGGAGCACAGGGCUGAUUAAGGGGGCGUCUGUCAAGUUCAUGGUAUUUGUUUUUCAUUUUGCAUUUGUAUAAGAAAUGUAUUGCCUGCCUUCUGUAAGUGUUCGUAAACAGAAAGCAAAAAACAGACAUUUGUGAGUUAUUUGGAUUUUGUAUGUAUGUAAAUAAAUAAAUUAUAAGCCUUG